AUUUUCAGUUGAAUGUGAUUGGCUUCUGCGUACGGAUUGAAUUUUGAAUAAAUCAAGAGAUGAAAGGUCUCAUAGUGUUAUUUUUCUGCUUUUUUGCAGUCUUAGCAGUACCAAUCUCCGAAGAAAUAAUGAUGUUGGACGCAAUGUCCACUGAAAAUAUUUCAAUCGUCGAUGGAAAUGAUGAAGUUUUAAAUUAUGAUGAACUUCGAUUUUUAAAUGCCAGUCACAAUGGUACAUUGGAAAUUGUAAAAGAUUUCAUCGAACAAGGCUUUAACAUUGAUCUUAAGGAUAAUUUUCAACGCACUUCAUUGCAUCUUUCGGCAAUGAAUGGCCAGGAGGAUAUAGUACAAUAUUUGGUCGAUCAUACCGCUCAGCUGAAUUUGUUAGAUUUGAACGGUAUGUCACCGAUCCACUAUGGAGCAGAAAAUGGUUUCGAAAAAAUUGUGGAAAUAUUGUGUAAUCAUGACGCGGUUACCAACAUUACCGAUUCAUUUGGACUUUGCCCAUCUCACUACGCGGCGGCAAAAGGUUAUGUGGAAAUUGAAAAGCAAUUGAUUAAUCAUGGCACCGAUGUGGAUGUCUUGGAUGAUUUGCACUCUACACCAUUGCAUCAUGCUGCUACGAAUGGUAGUGAAAGUAUGGUUGACAUGUUGAUUAGUUACGGUGCUGACGUUAAUGCCCCAGAUUUCUUUGGUAGAACACCAAUCAUUCUUGCCAGCAGACAAGGUCAUUUAAAAAUUAUGGAAUUAUUAUUUGCCAAUGGUGCAAAGCCCAAUUUAACAGACACCGAUGGACAAACAGCACUUUUUUAUGCAGCUUCAUCGGGUAAAAACAAAGUGAUGGAACUUCUCAUUUCAAAUGGCAUUGAUGUGAAUUUGAAAAAUAAAAACCAUAAAACAGCUGCUGAUGUAGCCAAAGAGAAAGGACAAAAUGCAAUUGUUGCCUUAAUUCAAAAAGCGCAAGAAUCAAACAAGCCGUGAACAUUCCAUAUCUAAAAUGUGAUUGUUUGACAAUGAAGCAAAACAAUUAAAGCAAAGAAAGUCUUUUACUCCAAUUUUUUUGAUGAACCAACAAUUUUAAACCGAAUUAAACAAGAUAGAACAAUACGUUGACAGAUGGCAGUACAAUGUGAACUAUUCAAAACACGUAUCACCAAUUCACCAUACAUAUCGUUUGCACUAUUCGGUUUUGAUAAAGUUUCAGAAAUACUUAUGCAUUCAUGAACUAAAUUACGUUUAAAAGGCAAUAACUAUAUAAUUAAAAAAUCACUGUAUU